UUUUUAAUGAAAAAUUUUAACAGUGAAAAACUUAAUAAUAAGCUGUUAUACUAAAAUUUCCCAAAAUAAAUUAUAAAAAAAUUAAAUGUAAAAGUUUUUAUUUAAAUAAGAAGUGAAAAAAUAAGAAUAAUAUUAUGUUUUUGUAAGCGUGGCAGCAAGUUAGAAAAUUCUUUUGCCGUUUAUGGCUCUAAAAAAACUACAUUUACUAUAGUGUCUGUGUUUUUUACCUAAACAAUUAAUGCAGUAAAAAGUAAUGAAAUUAAAGAGCAAAAGCCAAAAAAAGAAAAAAAUAAAUAAGAAAAACAACAACAACCAAAAUCAACAACAAACGUCAUUUAAAAAAUAAUAUUGUACAUAAUAAAUAAAAAUUGAUAAAUGCAAAUAAUUAUCGCUUAUUGCGCGCGUCUUUAGUACGUUUUAAUAACGUGUAUAAAAAACGCAUCUAAUUAUCAUUAAUAAUUGUGGUUGAAAAAAAAAUAUAGAGGAAAUGUAUAGAUUCUAAAUAGGAAUCGUUUAAAAAUUCAUAAAGAAUAUUAAAAAAAUAAUAACAAUAGUGACAAGUGUCAAAAUUGUUUUAGUUUCUUUUUUUGGUUUCUAAACACCUACGAAGGUGUAUUACAAACACACUAACAACACCUAUCUACACAAAAACAAAGUACCGCAAACAACACCAAAAGCAAAACAAAAAUCAAAACAAUAACAAAUAAUAAUAAUUACCACCCCUUUUAUUAACCCUUAAACAGGGUGUUACAAAUAAAACAAAAAGUGUAAUGAUUUCAAAUAAAAUCCAAUUGAAAAUAAACAAAUUUAAAGAAUUUUAUAUAUAAAAAAAUAAAUACAAUGUUUAAAAAUAAAAUUAACAGCUAAAUAACGUCAUGAUUUCCUAUAAAAACAACUACAAUAACAGCAAAAACUUAAUUUGAGAACAACACAAAUUCAACAAACAAAAUUGCAUUUGGUUUUUCUGCUGAAAAUUGUUUUGGCUUUUUUAAAAAGCUAAAAAAACUCAUUAAAAGAAAUCUGUUUAAAAAAUACGUGGGGCAUACAUAACGCAAUUUUUUUUGACAUUUUUUUGCAAUCGUUUUGUUAAUUUAUUGUUGCUAUUUAUACCUAUUUUAUAUUUGCUGUUCUCUUUAACGGCUCACUGUUUACGAGUGUUUGCCUGCCUGCUGCCUUCCUAUUUUUAAACAAUACCUAUAAGAAAAAAAAAAAAAAAAAAAACGAACCCUACACAGGAAAGUAACGUCAUGUCUAUUUCGGAACAUGCUACCGGAAAUUCCUCCAUUAAAGGUGCAGUUCCACACUCCACCUCUAAUACAUACUCCUCAUCGGUUUCUUCGUCAUCAUCCUCGUCAAGUUCCUCAACACCGGCUGUAAAUUCUUCUCAUAAAACGAAAACAUCUUCGUCAUCAUCUUCAUCAUCUGCCUCUGGUUUACCGGCAGCUGUCUCACAUAUUUACUAUAAACAUGGUCUCUUUCUAUCAAGUUAUCCGACCUGUGCCACCAGUAUAGCUAUAGUGGCUAUUUUAUUUUCAUGUUACCCCCUCAUCAAUAUACCACUACCAGGAACAAUACCAACAAAAAUUGUACUACCAUUCGAUGGUAAAAACUCUUUAUUUGGAGAAGGAGAGCGUUCAAAUUUUUCACUCGUAAAAAAUAUAUUCAACGUAAAUAAUGUUUCUUACGAACCGCAUGUACCCUGGGCACAAAAUUCACCCAUUUUAUAUGUACAACAAAUAACAUUGCGUUCCAGUGUAUUGCCAUGGACUGAUGAUAUGCAAUUAAUGGAUGCAUUUCGUGCACCCUUAUUUGAAGUAUUUCGAUUAUUGGAAAUUGUACGCAAUCACGAAACUACAGAAAAUCAACGCACUUUGGAUAAAAUCUGUUUACGCGUGGACAAUGAACGCUCACAAAAUGAACAAAUAUUCCCUGAAUAUGAUUGUUUAGUGCUAUCGCCGGCUAAUUUAUGGGGCCAGAGUAUACAGAAUUUUACUGGGGAUACAAAUAUAUUGAAUACUAUAUUUCAAUAUCAUAAUCUUCAAAAAACUAAAGUAUCAACAGCUGAAAUGCUCUUUGGUCUACCCAUACAAGACACGGGCUUUAAACGUUAUCCUUUGCGUUCGCGAUCACGCAUUAUACAAUUUGCCUUAACGCUUAUACUAAAACAAAACGAUCGUGAAUAUAUACAAUCGUUAAAGGAAAAACUCUUAAAUUAUUAUCCGCCACCACAAAUAAAUCAAGGCAGCAGUCAAACAACACAACAAAAUGAAAAAUCAUCCAUAACUUAUAUAUUCUAUCCAGGAGAAUUUAAGAUGUGGGAAUUUCUACCGCUCACCAUAGCAUUUCUUUUGCUCUUUACUUAUGUUUACUUUUCGGUGCGUAAAAUCGAUGUUAUACGCUCGAGAUUUCUAUUGGCCUUGUGUGCUGCCAUUACCAUACUGGGCAGUUUGGUUAUGUCUUUGGGUUUGUGUUUUUUCUUUGGUCUAACUAUUAGUUUGCAGUCUAAGGAUAUAUUUCCAUAUUUGGUGAUAUUAUUGGGUUUAGAAAAUUGUCUGGUUAUAACACGUAGUGUGGUGUCCACCGAUGAAACGUUUGAUGUUAAGAUACGUGUGGCCCAGGCUUUGAGUAAAGAGGGUUGGCAUAUCUCUAAGACUUUGUUAACAGAGAUUACAAUAUUGACUAUUGGCCUGGCCACUUUUGUGCCGGUUAUACAAGAGUUUUGUGUAUUUGCUAUAGUGGGUUUACUUUCGGAUUAUAUGCUACAAAUGUUAUUGUUUUCCACUAUUUUGGCCAUGAAUAUCAAAAGACCCGAGUAUUCUACCGAAGCUAAACAUUUGCCCAAAAUGAUGCUAUCAUUUACGGGCAAUUCUAUGGCUGCUGGCAACCACUCGCCUACCUCUGGUGGAAGUGGUUAUGGUUUUUCUAAUGGACGUCCAGAUUUCCGUUUCUUUGGCAGUGCCUCUCCUGCUAACGGCAGUGCAGCUGGUGGUAGUAAUGGUGUGUUUUCUCCUCCUCCCUUUGGCAGUUUUCAUCGUUCUCAGUCGCAUCCAAAAUUAGCCUUUGCCGACUUUAAUAAUCUCAAUAAUGCCAAUGACAUGUCGAAACGUUCUUCCAUUGCUUUAAAUCCCAAUAAUAAUGGUCCAGAUAAGAUACCCAAACGUUUGAAGAUUGUUAAUUUUUGGGCACGCACACGUUUCUUUCAGCGCGCCUUUAUGGUAUGGAUGAGUGUUUGGAUUUGUUCCAUAAUUUAUAAUUCUGGUUAUUUGGAGAAUCUAUUCGUGGUGGAUAGUAAUCAUACGGGCACUUUUCGUAAUGAUGAUUUCCAACGUAAUUGGGAAGUGGGACGUGGUGCGGUAUCGAGUUUCUUUUCAAAUGUUCACUCUGUUAUAAAUGCUGGUUCCUUUGGCGGCAGUGGUCAAGAUAAAGAUCAAGCGGGUGGUCCUGUCGGAGGCAGUAGUGUGUUUGGUAAUAAUGCUAAAGGUGCUGGCGCCUUAAAUGCUGGUCAUGAGGGUCCACGUAUUGAUAAUCAUAUAAACGAAACAGAAGCGGAACUUAAACGUCUUUUAUACCCCGACUUUGAGCUUAACUAUUUUCUUUCCAAUUUCCACUGGUCCACCAUAAUGAAACAGUAUAAUGUUUCCUUGCGUGGUCAUUAUAUCACCAUUCUGCCCACCAUUAAACUGUCUCAUGCCAUUAGUCCCGAAAAGGCCGUUCAUGGACGUAAUCCUUAUGAAAAAGUGGUACAGAAUUUCCAAUGGAAGGCGUUAGCUGCCGCCUUAGAUCCUUUAGAUUUCAAUGAUGAUGAAAAUCGUGAAUCUCCUAUGGUCAUGCCGGGCGGCACUCCGCUCUUUCCCAAAAGUCCCAUGGAAAUUUUUGCCAUAACGCUCUGCUGCAUAAGUGUCUUUGUACUCUGCUAUACAAUGGUGGUGUUUUAUCGUUGUAUUUGCACACGCAACUAUGCUGAAUGGCGUUCGAGUUGGAAUGAAUGCUCGGAAUUUUCACAAAAAACUGAACAGAUACUAGAGGGUGUUCCCACACAAAUAGCCGGCCAUAAACAUCGCAUAGAAUGUUUAGUAUCGGAUGGCGCAAAUAUCAUCAGUUGUUGCCUAAAGGGUCAAAUUAAAGUUUGGGAUGCCCGCAGUGGUGAGAAUAUAACCACCAUUAAUCGCGGCGACAUGCAGGUGACCACUCACCGUGAAGAUGGUGAAGUAAUUGUUAAGAAACUAAACUCUUCACCCGUUUGGUGUUUAGAUUAUUUUGACAAUUUAAUUGCGGUGGGUUGUGCCAAUGGGCGCAUUGAAUUAUGGGAAAUGCCAUCUGGUGUUUUAAAGUGCACUUAUCAUGAGGAUUCGAAACGUAAUCAGGGUAUAACACAUAUUAAUCUAAAUGGUGAUCGUGUUAUAGUGGCUCGUUUAUGCGGUCGUUUAGAUUUUUAUCGUUUGGAAACUUACUACAAGGGCAAACAAAUUGAUUGGGGUUUUACCUCAGCCUAUAGAAGAACUCAUGUUAGAACCAAUUCUACGGGCAGCAUAGGCCUUAUGUUGCAACAGCAGCAGCAACAACAACAGCAACAACACAAUGAUAGUCAAAGAACUACCAAAGAGGAAAUGAAAUGUACACUUCGUGGAGUACGUUUGGCUCACCAACAGCCUAUUACUUGCAUGGAGGUGGUUAAUGAUAUGGUUUUUACGGGCAGUCAGGAUCAUACACUUAAAGUGUAUAGCUUAAACAGUACAGAUGUUGAAUAUACUCUACAUGGACACUGUGGUCUAACAUGCCUCUUCGUCGAUAGAUGGCAACCGGGCACUGGAGGCUCUGGUUCACAAGAUGGUUUACUAUGUGUAUGGGAUUUAUUCACGGGUGCGUGUAUGUAUAACAUACAGGCACACGAUGGUGCUGUCAGUUGUUUGGCAUGUGCUCCAAGUUAUGUUAUAUCAUUGGGCACAGAUGAACGUAUCUGUGUGUGGGAACGUUUUCAGGGUAAUCUAUUGACAACUAUAAAUAUAUCGAAUGCCUAUUCAAGUUUAUUAAUGUUGACACCAUCACUGCUGGUAACAAGUAAAAUGGGAUCUCUUAUUGUUUGGGAUGUUAGAACGGGCGAACCAGCCAGAGAAGUUAGAUUAGAUUUCUCUAAUUUCAUUAUGCCCCAAAUUAUGAUGUUGGCUUAUGAUUCUGUAGUCUGUGACUAUGGCAAUGAAAUACGUGUUGUGCGUUUUCCCAUUGUAGCCGAUAAAAGUAAUUAAUUAAUAAAAUUGUUUUUUAAAUAUUUUUUUACAACAACCUCACUCACCACAAAGCAAAGCAAAGCAGCACUUUGAAGAAAUAUUUUUAUUACAUUUUACUCUCAUUGCUAUAUAGACAUAUACAAUCACCCUACAAUUCAGCCCCUCAA